AACCGGCUUUGAUCUCAAUUCCAUGAUUCCUUGGUGGCAGUGGAAAAAUGACACAGAAGAAUAGCAAUGCACACUUACACAAACACAUACUCGCACCCACCGUAAACAAGUGAACAAAUCAUCAUCAUCAUCAUCCCUUAUAUGUGAAUACAAAUUCUCAAUAUGGAUUUCCCUAAUCACUUUUCAGUACUGUGACUUCCGAAGCUGAAUCUAACUUUGAGGGAAUCUCAGAUUAAAACCACUGACUAUUUGACCCUGGUUACCCAACUCUAACUCCAACACAUUUCCGUCUCUCCCCCCCACCCACUCCACGUGGGGGGGAGAGCUUCCACCUACAGGGUGAUCCCAGAAGCUUGUCCCGGCAGACGGUGACUGUCAGCAUGGAUGCUGGCCAGGGCAGCCCAGAGAGCCCUAACCGGGCAGUGGAGUACCUGCUGGAGCUCAAUAACAUCAUCGAGAGCCAACAGAAACUUCUGGAAACUCAACGGCGGCGCAUCGAGGAACUGGAAGUUCAGCUGGACCGACUCAGCCAGGAGAACAAAGACCUGAGACUGGACCGACAGCCCUGCCCACCCCCACCUCCACCUCCCAUCCACCCUGUCCUGCCACCAAAGUCCCACGCUGCAUCCUCCACCGCUGUGUACGCCAAUCUGAGCCUCAACAGCGGGCCCAUCCCAAUACCCAUCCCGGCUCCGGCGCCCCCGCCCCCACCUCCACCAGUGCCACCACGGGAUCGCCGUGUCAAUGCCAACACGCACACAAGGCUCGGCCAAAGCCUGUCAGCUGGACCCAAUUCCACGGAGAGAGAAAGGGACCGAGACAGGGGACGAGAACGAGACGGCGCUGCUACCAGUUUGGGAAGCUCUCUGCAGAGACAGACAGAAGGAGACUCCUCCAACAAAGACAGUGUGGAGGGAGAUCCUCAGUGUCCGGACACGACUAGCUUUACCGACAGCACCUGCAGUCAGGGCCCAUACCUGGGCAACUUGGACCGCUACGGGAACAUUCGAAACAUUCCCGGCCCUCAGGGGCCUACUGUGGCCCCUUCAAGUCCAGCGAGCCUGGCCUGGGCGCAACGGACCCGCCACCAACCCGCCAGCCUGGCACUCCGCAAGCAAGAGGAAGAAGAGAGCAAGCGCUGCAAAGCGCUCUCUGACAGCUAUGAGCUCUCCACGGACAUGCAGGACAAGAAGGUGGAGAUGCUGGAGAGGAAGUAUGGCGGUUACUUCCUGAGCAGGCGAGCGGCUCGCACGAUUCAGACAGCAUUCCGGCAGUAUCGCAUGAACAAGAACUUUCAACGGCUGCGCAGUUCCGCCUCAGAAAGCCGAAUGACUCGCCGGAUCAUCCUGUCAAACAUGCGUUCGCAGUACUCGUUUGACGAGCGACAGCCACAGGUUCAGCCCCAAACGCCCCAGCAGCAGCAAGGUCGAUAUGCCAGCCAUCACACUUCAACUCCAGGAACAGCUGGCCAGGCAGGAACCACAGACACACAGCAGGAGACUGACUCACCCGGACACUGUCCUUCAGACAGAGAGGAGUACUCGCAUGCAGAUGACGCCUUCAACAAACAGGUGACCUCUCUGGCUAACUCUAUGGACGACACUUUGACGUGUCAGUCAGGUCGCGGAGAUUCUCAGGAUGGUGGUGGGGGAGGCGGCGACGAGAGCGAGGAUUUCGGAGAGUGUGUGUGGAGCAACAAACCUACCUCACGUAGGGGGGUCUUGGGGGAGCAAGAGCGUCUAGGGGUCAUGCACGAGGACAGCACAGCCACCUCGUACAGCGAUGUCACGCUUUAUAUGGACGACGGCAUGCCGUGUUCUCCGCUAUCUAUUGAGCGGGUUCCCUCUAGCACGGACACCGAGUACUGGGGCGUCAGCAGUGGGGUUGGAGGCCGCGAAGACAGCCGGGAUACAGAGGGUGGCGGGAGCAAUAACAGUCGGCGGAGCACGCCGUGCACCGAAUGCAGAGAUUUCCGCUUGCGUGGUUCACACCUUCCCGUUCUCACCAUAGAGCCGCCUAGCGACAGCUCCGUUGACAUGAGCGACCGUUCAGAUCGAGGCUCCCUCAGCAGACAGCUGCUUUAUGAGCAGGAGCCUACGACGGGCGGAUCACCCCAAGGGACUCUCAAACACAAUCCUGCACCUCGCACGCCCAAUCCCUGCGCGGCACAGGGCCAAACGCGACCACAGGGUCGCCCCAUCCCAUCUCCUCUGCCUACACACUUACCGCACCACGCUAUGAUGCACCACCAUCACCUCCCACAUCUUCACCAUCCACUGCAUCACCACCCUUUGCCACACAUCCAUCACCCCUACCCAGACCCCACGUCUCCCUCACCCACCCAACCUCCACUCACACCUCUGUCUUCCUCAUCCUCCGCACCCCUGCCCCCUACUGGCCUGGAGCACUCGGAUGGGGACAACGACUCCUUGAACUCCACCACCAACUCCAACGAGACCAUCAACUGCAGCUCAGGCUCUUCGUCUAGGGACAGUCUAAGGGAACCGUUGCCUCCUCUUGGAAAACAGACCUAUCAGAGAGAGAGCAGGCAUAGCUGGGACUCACCUGCCUUCAACAACGACGUGGUACAGAGAAGGCAAUACCGCAUCGGACUCAACCUCUUCAACAAGAAACCAGAGAAGGGGAUCCAGUAUUUGAUAGAGAGGGGUUUUGUCUCAGACACACCUGUGGGCAUUGCCCGCUUCAUCCUGGAGAGGAAAGGCCUAAGUAGACAGAUGAUCGGGGAGUUUCUGGGAAAUCGACAAAAGCAGUUCAACAAGGAUGUGUUGGACUGUGUGUUGGAUGAGAUGGAUUUCUCGGGUAUGGAUCUGGAUGACGCCCUUAGGAAGUUUCAGGCUCAGAUUAAGGUUCAGGGGGAAGCCCAGAAAGUGGAGAGACUAGUAGAGGCCUUCAGUCAGAGAUACUGCGUGUGCAACCCUGCGCUUGUCCGCCAGUUUCAGAACCCAGACACUAUCUUCAUCCUGGCAUUUGCCAUCAUCCUCCUCAACACAGACAUGUACAGCCCCAACGUCAAAGCUGAGAGGAAGAUGAAGCUGGAGGAUUUUAUCAAGAACCUUAGAGGAGUGGAUAAUGGACAGGACAUUCCCAGGGAUAUGUUAGUGGGCAUCUACCAGCGCAUUCAGAAAUGGGAACUCAGGACAAACGAUGACCAUGUGUCUCAAGUGCAGGCUGUAGAGAGGGUCAUCGUGGGCAAGAAACCUGUGCUUUCUCUGCCACAUCGCAGGCUAGUGUGCUGUUGUCAGCUGUAUGAAGUCCCUGACCCCAAUCGACCACAGCGGAGUGGAGUUCACCAGCGGGAGGUCUUCCUCUUUAAUGACCUGCUAGUGGUAACGAAGAUUUUUCAGAAGAAGAAGACGUCUGUGACGUACAGUUUCAGACAGUCCUUUCCCUUGGUGGAGAUGCAGGUUCAUAUGUUCCAGAACUCCUACUAUCCUCACGGUAUCAGACUGACAUCAGCAAUGCCCGGCAGUGAGCGUAAGGUUUUGAUCGUGUUCAACGCGCCGAGCCAGCAAGACCGAACACGCUUCACCAGCGACCUGCGUGAGAGCAUCGCUGAGGUUCAGGAUAUGGAGAAAUACCGUGUAGAAUCUGAGUUAGAGAAGCAGAAAGGUGUGAUGCGUCCAGGGCUCAUGAGUGGAGAUGUGGGCGGGGUUGGCGGAAUGAAGACUGAGGCUGUGAACGGCACUCUGGGAAGGCCCAGUCUGGAUGACACGUACGCAGCAGGGGAGGGGCUUAAACGAACCGCACUUAGCUCCUCACUGAGAGACCUCUCUGAGACAGGAAAGCGAGGCCGUAGAAACAGUGUUGGCUCUUUGGAUAGUACCAUUGAAGGAUCCAUCAUUAACAGUCCUCAGCCGCAUCAGCGUUUGCCCAUGGGGGGUGCUGUCCCCAGUUGCUACGGGCUGGAAGACUACCGGCCUCACCGCCCCAUCCUGAGCCCCGGAGUAGGGGUGGGGGGUGGGCCGGGGCAGCUUCACAAUGCCGUAGGCAAUAUAGGGGGGGUCCCUGGCAUCAACGAUCGAGGUGGGGGGCCGGGGAGCAGUUCUGGAGGGAGCAAUUCCGGUUCCUUCCUGGGCUCCCUGUUUGGGAGCAAACGCGCCAAACCCCCUGCUCCCCUUAUUCCCCCCGGGCCACAUUACCCGGCCCCCGUGCCACCUCCUACUACAGGAGGACCGCCGCCUCCGUCCCCCUCCGCCCUCAGCCAGUCAGACCCCGGUGGGCCUUCCAAGAUCCAAGCGCUGCACGCUCAGUACUGUCACAACAACUUUGGGCAGCCUCCACCCCCCUACCACCAUCAUCAUCGGUAUCACGUGCAGGUCGCCACCCCUGGCCACCCACCCAUCCAUCACACCCUACAACGAGGGUCCCUCCCACGACGUGGGCCGCCCGCUCCUUCACACGCCCAGCUCCAGCAGCAACUAUCCCAUCAUGCUAUGCAACAAGGCCGUUACGGCAAUAUGGCAUGCACUCCACCGCCUCUGUCCCCGCAUUCGCCCCAUUCGCCCAUCGCCCCUUUCAACUUCUACCACGUGCACCCCAAUACCAUACGCCACGUACGGGUGCCCGGUCCUACCGGCAAGCUUCCUCUUACUCUGUCUCACUCUCAGCCCCACCCUCACGCCCACUCCCACGUUCACUCUCAUACCCACAGCCAUCCCGUCCAUGCCCACAGCCCUCACCCCUUACUGCAUCACUCUGCCCAUCAAACUCAUUUCGUUUUCUCGCCGCCCCCUCAGGCACCAUCCGCCAUCACCGCCCGGCACAUACCCCAGGGCCCCGCCCACUACAUACCACAGUACCCGCCCCUUUCCUCCAUUCCGCCUCCUCCACCACAUUCCCCAUUACCUCCUCCGUCACCACAUACCCCUCUCACCCCUCUUACCCCGCUCUCCCCACUAGCCCCGCAGCUCCCGGGACCCAUGGGGGUGCUGUCGGGCGGCCCAGGGGGCGGAGGCGGAGGCGGAGCCGGCAACAGCAGCACGAUCGGCAGCUCCAAAUCCAAACCUAUCAACCGCAUCAGCACGGUGGUGUGAGGGUAAGCCACAGCAGAGGGCACAGAGUCUCAACGCGGAGAAGUCGGAGACCAGGCAAGAGGAAACAUACCAUACUCAGACUCUGUUACUUCCACAUCCGCUUCCCCCACGUGUAGAGUGGGAAACCUGGCUGGCUACAUGCUCAUUGCUAGCCUGAACAGCCUCUUGCUGUCCGCUGCCAUACAAAACAAAGGCUGUGUGACAGCAUAAAAUCUCCGACUGAAGAUCUGAGGAGCCUAAUGGAGACAAUGGUGAAGCAGAUGAAGUGUUUGUAAGAGUUUGAGUUGAAUUUGACCUGGAUUGCUGCCAAAGGAAAAGGCUACAGGGGGAAAGGGGGUGCCAACUUAAAUCAGACUAAUGAAUUUAAGAUUCAGAUUAAGAAGACGAUGAUGGUGAACUCUUCAAACACUCAACAUGGAUGCAUAAGCAGACAGACGAGUGCAUAUUAUUAAAGAAACUGAACUUUUUUUUUUAUUUGUAGUCUUUUCAGUUUUCAUGCGUCUCAGAUGACAAUCAUUUCAGGGUCAGUAAGAAAAUGUUUGCUCAAUACAUUCCUCAAAAUUGUCAAUCGUAUUCCUCAGCGUGUAAAAAGGGCCAGCAUGCACUUAGAGGGAUGCCAAACACUAUAUUUUGAUUCUUUUAAACUUUUAUCUUGACUUGUGAGUGAAGGGACGGGGUGGGAAUUGCUGGAAAAACUUCACUUAAAUCUGCACAGUAAAAAAAAAUAUCACUAUUUUGGAACUAUUUGAAACUGUUUUUUGCUUUUUGUUUUUGUCUUGAAGAGGCUGGGCAUCAGGUUUGCAAUAAGUCAGCCAUAACAGUAAAAAUCCUUUUUGAAGACCUCAGUGAAGUCAUUAUGUAAUUUGCGCCUUUCGUUUAUUAAACAGAAUGUGUAGAAAGAGAUUUAAAUUGUUUAGUAGAUAUUUCUUUUUUCUAUUAUAUAAGACAAUUAAGUCUAACCUAGCGUAACAAACCUAAAUGUAACAUACACAAAAGAGUCAUAACUAAUAACGACCAAUAAUCAAGACAUGGAUAAAUAGAAAAAUCAGCACUGCAUUUAUUUCCUGCCACCUGUUACCUCAGCAUCUCUCCUUCCCUUUUUAGCGUUGACAUUUCACUAUUAUUUUUGUCUUUUUAUUUAAACAAUCUCACCUGACCAAUGAAACAUUUAUAUUUGGCAAUUCAUUACAUAACCUUAGUGCCUACUGUAAAGGUUUGUCAUUGGCGGUUCGGUAAAAGUGGUUACAUUGUGAUACACCUGGAUAUUUUCUCUGGAUGACCUGUUGGAGGAGCAGGAUGUUCGUAGAGAGUUUCAUUGAAACUUUGAAAUGAAUUAAGUAUUUCUGGACUCACAGUUAAAAUGUGUUACAGAUAUCUUAAAUAUAUAGAAGUAACUGAAUUUUAAAGAAAAUCUGUAUAUGGGUGAUUUUAAUGGGUAAAUUUAUUACUAUUAUGAUGUCAAAUACUACUGAUAUAAUUCUUGCUUUUUUGGUGUAAAAGCUACUGCUAAUAUGAUACAUGGUUAUGUUUUAGCAGAGUGCCGUGCUGAGUGUUUUCUAAGAGCUUUUUUUAGACAGACCAACAGGCUAGGUUUUUUUUUGUGUGUGUACAAUUAAUGUUUAUUCAACUAAUUGGACUGCUGAUUUCAGGUAAAUGUUUUGCAGCAAGUUUAUAAAACUAUAUUAUCCACAUAAAUGCUAUAUGAUCCAUGUAAAACUUAUUGUUGCCAGAAGCCAUACACACUUGAGCAACUUGCUCUUUUAAUAUUGUGAAUUUUGCAAGAGUUGCAUGUCCAAUGUCAGUGCCCUCUUAUUUUUUUAUAUGAAAGUGUGUUUAGAGGACUUCAAUUCAUGCACACACACUCAUUUACACUGAGAGAGUGUAAAAGCAUCUUUAAUUGUGAAGAUCUUUUUGCUGAAAGUUUCUGGUUUUGCACAUACACAAGUUAAAAAUCAUCAGUGCCUAGGAUCCAAAGUCCCUAUACCAUCUGCGUCCCUCCAAACAGUCCCUAUCUCUUUCUACUUCUACUUUCCCCUUCAACAACCAAAAUGGGCCGUUCUCUCUCCAUUAAGCAGACUAAUUCAAAGUAUUACAUUAGUGAUGUUUGUGUUGAGGAGUUAUUUUUAUAUUUAUUAAA